UGACGACAUGAAAUUAUGACAAAAUUUGAUUCUGACAAGUCUAAAAACAGUGCCUCCUGUUCUUUAACCCCCUCAGAUGCCAACUUUGAAUUCGACAUCUGCUACACCUCAGUGCUGAAGAGGGCCAUCCGGACUCUGUGGCUGGUCCUGGAUGCCAUUGACCAAAUGUGGCUGCCCGUGCACCGCACCUGGCGCCUCAACGAGCGCCACUACGGCGGCCUAACGGGCCUCAACAAGGCCGAGACGGCCGCCAAACACGGCGAGGCCCAGGUGAAAAUCUGGAGACGCUCCUUCGACGUGCCUCCUCCCCCCAUGGGCCCCGAGCAUGACUUUGACGCCGUGAUCAGCAAGGAUCGGCGCUACGCGGACCUGACCAAGGAGCAGCUACCCACCUGUGAGAGCCUUAAGGACACAAUCGCACGUGCGUUGCCGUUCUGGAACGAGGAGAUCGCCCCGCAGAUCAAACAAGGGAAGCGAGUGCUCAUCGCUGCGCAUGGAAACAGCCUGAGGGGCAUCGUAAAGCACCUGGAGGGAAUGUCUGACGCGGCCAUCAUGGAACUGAACCUGCCCACUGGCAUUCCGAUCCUGUAUGAGCUGGACAAGAACCUGAAGCCCGUGAAGUCUAUGCAGUUCCUGGGAGACGAGGAGACCGUGCGCAAAGCCAUGGAGGCCGUUGCCGCUCAGGGCAAAGCGAAGAAGUGAAACGACUGGAACACAAACAAGUCUCUUUCAUGUUGCUAAUCAUUGUGUGUUUAGUUGGAACACUGUAAUAUGCCUGUGCUUGGGAAUUAAGUCAAUACAAGGUUGUUAAGACUGUAAAUAAAAUGCCUAUUAAUAUAGAAAUAUUCAAAUGUCGUAUUAUAUCGUGUUUAUCCGCGCAUGUCAUUAUGUAACUAAUGAUUAAUUAAAUCGAUGUUUGAAUGUA